AUGUUGAAACUAUUGCGACCUGGAACCGCCUCCAUAUCCCGUGUUGAGAAAAACGAUCCGGCGUCUAUUCAUGUGGAGACAUUGUCCUGCCUGCUACCCGAAGAUGAAGCAUUUUUGGCUGCUUUCACUGAGCAACAGAGAAAGACAGUCAUACGCAAGGUCGAUAUCCGCCUGAUUCCUAUCCUGGCUCUUCUCUACCUUCUUGCGUAUCUGGAUCGCGCAAAUAUCGGCAAUGCAAAAAUUGAAGGUCUCGUGGCCGACCUUCGGUUGUCCGGGUCACAAUACAAUAUCGCUCUUUCCAUUUUUUUUAUUCCAUAUGUCAUUCUGGGUACCCCAAGUAAUCUCCUCCUGCUAAAGUUUGCGCGGCCCUCCACCUAUAUCGGCAUCUGCAUGGCACUUUGGGGCAUAACAAUGACUCUGACGGGCGUGGUGCAGAACUUUGGAGGACUCAUCGCCUGCCGUUUUUUGCUUGGCGCAUUCGAGGCUGGGUUCUUCCCUGCAGCGGUGUUUAUUGUGUCGCGCUGGUAUCUGCCAAAUGAAACGCAGGUCCGCGUUGCCUUGUUCUACACGUCGAGUGCUCUGGCAGGGGCGUUUUCCGGGCUUCUCGCCUUUGCGAUCGCAAAGAUGGACGGGCUGGCAGGCCUGGCUGGGUGGCGGUGGAUCUUCAUCGUGGAGGGCAUCGCGACCGUCGUGGCUGGCGUCGCGACAUUUUUCAUCCUGGUGGACAGCCCGGCCCUCUCUCAGCGGUGGCUCUCCCAAGACGAGAUCCGGUACCUGGAGCUUCGUCACGCUGCCGUUCGUGGCAGCAGGGCAGAGUCACAAGAAAGCAUCAGCAACUGGAGGGUCAUGAAGGCUGUCCUGCUGGACUGGCAGCUCUAUUUCCAGGCACUGGUGUACUGGUCGAAUACUGCGCCAAACUACGGCUUGAAAUUUACAAUGCCCCAGAUCAUCAAGAAUAUGGGCUACAGCAGCAGCAACGCGCAGCUUCUCACGAUACCGCCAUACGUCGCUGGAGCAAUCUCGGCCUAUCUAUCAGCGCUCUUUGCCGAUCGCUUUACCUGGAGAAUGCCUUUCAUAGUGGCGCCCCAGCUCCUUGUCGUGGUGUCGUUUAUCAUUUUGUUCAUCAAGUCGGCCAACAUUUCUGAGAAUAUUGGCGUUUGCUACUUUGCAAUUGUGCUGGCCUGCAUCGGGUUUUAUCCCAUCAACCCGGGCGGCAAUGCCUGGACAGUGGAGAACUUGGCUGGGUCUACGAAGCGUGCUGCCGGAAUAGCAUAUAUGCUAGGCAUUGGCAACGUCGGAGGAGUCAUUGGAAGCUAUAUUUACAUUGACGGCCAGGCACCCCGCUAUCCAACUGGGUUUGGAGCGUCUUUUGGGUUUGCAGCUCUCGGCAUCUUGAGCUGCUUGGUCCUAGAGUGUGGGUUUUGGGCCAUCAAUCGUCAAAGGGCUAAGCUGGGCGAAGAGGAAAUUCGAGCAGCAUACACUGAUGAAGAGUUGGCGAAGCUUGGGGAUCGAUCGCCACUUUUCAGGUACACGCUAUGA